AUGGAAGAUUUUAAUCCAAAAAGUGAAUUUUAUAUUCGAAUGAACAAGUAUUAUUUGGACAAACCGGGAAAAAAGCCAUAUACAAAUAUGAAGAUUGAGACAAUUAUGGCCGAAAUUACUGAUGCUAAAUUAAAUAAAGGUGCAAAGAAAAGACGUGAUUAUUAUAUUUUACAAAAAUAUGAUGUAUUAACUGUGGCCGAGAAGAAAUAUUUAAUUCAUAAAAAAACUGACGACAAAGAUGAUAUAAAGUAUGUUGUGUCAUAUGAAGAAUUGUUCGAAAGACUAAGUGAUUAUCAUAUACGUACUGGACAUGGUGGUAUGGGGAAAAUGCGUGCGGCACUGUCCAAUAAAUAUUCGAUUCCAAGACCAGCUAUUGAAACUUUUCUAUCAAUAUGCGCAAUUUGUAAUAGUAAGAAAGGGUCAAAUCGUAAAUUGGUUUUCAAACCAAUUGUAAGCAAAGACUUCAACGAGAGAGGUCAAGUUGACUUGGUGGAUUUCCAGUCAUUACCUGACGGAAAAUAUAAAUGGAUUUUAAACUAUCAAGACCACCAUACAAAAUUUAUAUCUUUAUUUCCACUUGAAAGUAAACGAGCGGUCGAAGUAGCAUCUAAUUUACUCACAAUUUUUUUAACUUUUGGUGCACCGAAAGUUUUACAAAGUGAUAACGGUAGAGAGUUUGUAAAUUCUGUUAUUAACGAAAUUAAGGAACUUUGGCCGGAAUGUAUUAUUGUACAUGGGAGACCAAGACAUCCUCAGAGUCAGGGAAGUAUUGAACGUAGCAAUCAGGAUGUCGAAAAUAUGCUUCGAGCAUGGAUGAAGGACAAUAAAUCUAAAAAAUGGUCUGUGGGAUUGAAGUUUGUCCAAUUCCAGAAAAACUCUUCACACCACCGCAUAAUUGGCCGAUCUCCUUACAAAGCAUUAUUUGGUUGUGAGCCUAAGGUUGGAUUAACAACAUCUAAUUUACCACAAGAAGUUUCAAAAAAAUUAACAGCUGAAGAAGAUCUGGAAGAAAUAUACAACCAAUAUGAAGAGGAAAUACAAGAACAAAUAAAUGUUAAACGAUAUUGCGGAAUUUGUAAAAUUGAAUCCACGAAGACUUUUGUGAUUUGUGUUAUAAUUCCUACGUUCAAUAUUAAUGACUGUAUCACAAUUCCUGUUCCAAAAGUCGAUAGAGGGCCUUUGGACCCAGCACGCAUAAUUGCUGUUAUAGUUGAGAAAAAAAAUGAGUUGUAUAGAGUAGGAACUGAACAUGGUUUAAUUAAAGGAUGGUUGAGUUCUGGAAAUAUGCAGCGUACCACAUCACAUUUCAUAUCUGCUAAUCAAGUUGACAAGCAAAACGAAUUAACUUUGCGUGAAACAGUUAAAAUUAUAUCUGGAGGUCAAGGAUUUUUGAGUUGUACAUGCAAAAGGGCUUGUCAAACUAAACGUUGUGCUUGUUUUAAAAGUAGUAUUAAAUGUAACAGCAGUUGCCAUAAUUCAUUGAAUUGUUUAAAUAAAUAA